AUGACUGAUUCACUAACCGAUCCGGUCCUGAAAACUAUGCUCAUUCAUAAUACCCAACUUUUCCCCUUUUUGUUUCCUAUCUCCAUCUUAUCGAGUUCGCUACUAUUCAACCGAUACGGAGAGCUACAAAGCGAGAGUGAGCAGGAGACGAAGCUGCUGCUGCUGCUUUGCUUUGCUUUGCCUUGCGAGCAGAAAUUGCUAAUAGCAAAAGGCGGAGAAGCUGGAAGAGUAGCUCAAGGAGCUAGGAUCCAAGUUGGAAUCUCCUCCAUCCGCCAAGGACAUCAUUCUCAAGCAGUUAAAGAUUGCUUAGCUAUAGACUCGGAACACUCCCGUUUUGCCUCUCUCGUCCUCCUCUUGGUGGCUCUCUUCUCCUGUCUUCUGGUCUAUGCAGUCGUUUCUACACUAUUGAAUCCCACCGUAAAUUCUGAUGAUGCCACCUUUGAGCCUUCGGGAUCGACGGGCAGUAUUGAUGUGGGGGAAAAGAAUGGUGAGUGUUGCAGAGGCAUUGAGAAUUUGGAGCUGUGGGGUGCAGCUUUGAAGCGGGGGUCUGACUUCAAGUUUAAUUCUUCCGUGAAAUAUUGUCAGGCUUGUAAGGCCAUGUGUACUGGAAAUGAUGGCCCUUGCUUGUGUGAUACUUGGGUUUUCUGUGGGAACAAGGAGGCUUACGGGUCGAGAUUUGGAGAGGUAUUGCAAGUGUGAGAUGCCAUAUAACCCGGAUGACCUCAUGGUGCAAUGCGAGGGAUGCAAGGAUUAAUAAAGUCACUACUCAUUUACUUAAUAAUGCUUGUCAAAAUAAUAUCUUAGCAUUCCGAUGUUACUUUCCAAUAAUGAUUUAUAUGUGUCCUAUUUUAUUUGGUAUAAUAUCUUUGAAAAUCUACUUCCUAUAAAGCUGUAGUUUUGUUGUGACUGAAAGCAAUUAAAUGUAAGGCAUUCUAGUGAGCUGUAAUGGUAGACUCAUUAAGACACAGAUAAGUAUGAGCUAGAUAACCUU